AUGAAUCCUUCUGCGAAGUGGAGGAUAAAGGCAUCUCGGGUGGAGGAAGAUACGGUGGAUCCUCUCCCCACGAGCGCGCUGUCCCGCGAAGAGUGGGAUCAAGUGGCCCAGCUCAUGGAGAAGUUUGUGCCGCCUUACACGGCACCACUUGGACAGUGGAGCUCGAGGUUGCCGCUCAAUCACGGGCAGCGUCACUGGCAGGAGUUUUGCCUGCUUUGCGAGAAAGGAGCGACCGCUGGGCAUCUCGCGACAGAGAACCACAGCAAAGCAAUGGCCAGUUGGGAACGACGUGGCCGUCCAGAGCUGAUAAUCUCUCCACAGAGGUUCUCCGACAACGAACGCGUGCAGAUGUGCCUUCAAGGAUAUCUUCCCCGGUUCUCAGACGAGCAGCUUCGAGUGGUGAUGGCGCGGGUGCUCCAAACAGAAUGGUACAAAAGCCAGGGAAGCUACCAGGGCCCAGUGCCACUCGAGUCGUCGACUACCCCCUCGAAAUCGUUGACAGCAGCAGCUGGCAUAUGGACGGAGGAGCCGCCGCCCCCCAAGGUGUCGGCCAGACCAUACAACACCAGCCUCGAAGGAGAAGGCAUCGGCAUCGGAAGCUGCAGCGGCCUCAAAGGAGAAGGCAUCAACGGCAGCAGCGGCAAGGACUCCGUCAGCAGGGCCGAAGGAGAAGGGAUCAACGGCAGCAGCGUCAAGGCCUCCGUCAGCAGGGCCGAAGGAACGACCGACAAAGCGCUCAAAGGGGCGCCCAUGGCCCGAUACUAUCGGGGUGGCACGGAGAAGCACAGCUGCGCUACAGGGUGCCAAACCCUUGGAUCCCUUGGUGCCACAAGCUCGGAGCAAUUCGCCACAAGUUCUGAGCAGCUCGGAAGACUCGGAAGAGCGAUGGGGACACUGGGUCCCACAGCCGUCUUGGAUUCCGUCGCGCCGCCCGAUUACCCCUCCGAAAGGCUCGGGGUCAAUGGCACCGAAGACGCCCCCGAAAGCGGCGGCAUCUUCCCCGAAGGCGGCAUCUUCCCCGAAAGGGACGGCAUCUUCUCCGAAAGCGGCGGCAUCUUCUCCAAAGGCAGUGGCACCUCUUCCACGACCAGCAUCAGCGCCGCCUACCCCUACGGCGCCACUACCACCUCCUGCAGCAGGGCCCUUGACGACAGCACUGUUAGCCGGUGA